CGAAAACACAGCCGUGGCUGUCGCAGGUUAAACACGUUUACUAUUACAGUGGCUAUUCACGACAAAGGUGAAACAGGGACCAAAGAAGACCUGAGGGACUUUGUUCAAGUGCUGAUAUGGAGCAGAUCGCAUCAGCAGGAAAGCCUGUGCAGAUCACUGUGAUAGGUGGAUAUGAAUUGAAAGGUUCUAAAGGAGAUACCCCAGUUACCUUUAUUCGUGCAGAAUUUAAUCAGGCAGUUCUGGGAGACUCUGCAAAAAUUACUGUUUCUUCAGAAGGAACUGCAAAAUACAACUUCACUAGCAGUUUUGAGUUCAAUCCUGAAGGAGGAAUCACUUUAGAUGACCUCGCCCACAAGCCUGUGUUCUUAACUAUGACUGAAGUUUUACCAAAGGAAAAGAAGCAGAAAGAUGAGAAGACCUUAGUCCUUGGUCAAGCUGUGGUGGACCUUCUUCCUUUAGUGGAAGGAGAGAGUUCAUUUGGAACAAUCGUCCCACUGCACCCUGUUCCAGGCUCUCCCUUAGAGCCUCUUCAACCAGGCGUUAAGCAGUGCAGUCUGGAAGUUAAAGUAUCUGUGGCAGAGCCAUUAUUGACAGCAGCCCAGAUCUCAGGAGGAAAUCUACUGAAGGUCACAUUGGAGGCUGCCUACUCUGUGCCUGAAUCCUUCGUGCCAGCAGGGCCUGUGCAGAACUACAUGGUUGGUCUGCAAGUUCCAUCAACUGGAGAGAAAGACUAUCCUAUUUUCUUCAAGAAUGGAACUCUGAAGCUUGGAGGGGAAAGAGAACCUACUCCCCGGCCCAAAAAAUGGCCUAUUGCCAACAUUCUGGCUCCAGGAGCUAAUAACAUUCCUGAUGCAUUCAUUGUUGGUGGGCCCUACGAGGAAGAAGACGGAGAACUCAACCACCCUGAGGACAGGGAAAUGAGGAUCCAAUCAGAGUGCAUAAAGAAAAGGAUUACUUGGGACUUGGAGAGUCGUUGCUAUCUUGAUCCUCCUGCAGUGGUCAGUUUUCAGAAGCGAAUUGCUGAUUGCCGAUUGUGGCCUGUAGAGAUCACCAGAGUUCCUCUAGUUACUGCACCCAAAGGGAAAGCUGCCAAAUUUGAUAAGAUGGAUGAUGAAAAUGCGCUUUCAUUUCAUGGUGUGGCUUAUGUUAAUAUGGUCCCAUUGCUGUAUCCAGGUGUGAAGAGGAUUCGGGGAGCUUUUCAUGUUUACCCUUAUCUAGACAGCACGGUCUAUGAAAAGACCAAAUGUUCAUUUAGCUUGUUCCGGGAUACUGGGCAUAAUUUGCUUCAUAAUAACAAAGUAGGAGGAAUUAAUUCUCCAUUGUCCAAACCAGUUGUUGCUAAGAACCUGAAAGAAGAUAAAAUAGUAGAAAAGGAUAUAAAAGGAAGGCCUAGGUCUGGGGAUAUGCCAGCAUCUAGUGUAAAAUCUCAGAGCUCAGAUACAGCUGUGGAAAUUCUGGAUGCCACUCCAAACUACAAUCCAGAAGGACAGCAAUAUGUAGAAGCAGGGACAUACAUCGUGUUGGAGAUUCAGCUGAACAAAGCCUUGGUUCCAAAGCGAUUGCCAGAGGAGCUGGCCAGACGGGUCAAGGAAAUGAUUCCUCCAAGACCACCUCUUACCCGCAGGACAGGAGGAGCUCAGAAGGCGGUAAGUGACUACCACUUGCAGAUCAAGAACAUUUCUAGAGCCAUUCUGGAUGAGUAUCACGGCAUGUUUGGAAAACAGGUGGCCAAACUGGAGGGUGAUAUAGAUAGUGAAACCCUGGAGGAGCAGAAAUGCCAGCUCAACUAUGAACUUAAUUGUUCUGGAAAAUACUUUGCUUUCAAAGAACAACUCAAGCAUGCUGUGGUAAAGAUUGUGAGAGAGAAGUACUUGAAAACAAUACCAUUUGAAAACCAAGAGGAACUGCAGACAUUCAUUAGUGAGCUCUAUGUGUUCUUGGUGGAUCAAAUGCAUGUGGCUUUAAACCAGACCAUGCCAGAUGAUAUCCAAGGUGCUGUCCCAACCAUUCAUAAGAGUAGUGAACAGCUUCGACUCUUUGCAUUUGAAGCAGAAGUCAAUGAGAACUUUGAAAUGGCAGCAGUGUAUUAUGAAGAGAGGUUGGUUCGUGAGCCCCAGAACCUGGAACACUGGCUGGACUAUGGUGCCUUCUGCCUCCUAACUGAGGACAACAUCAAAGCUCAGGAGUGUUUUCGGAAAGCCCUUUCCCUCAACCAGAAUCAUAUCCACAGCUUGCUGCUGUGUGGUGUCCUGGCUGUCCUGAUGGAGAACUACGAACAGGCAGAGAUUUUCUUUGAGGAUGCUACUUGCUUGGAGCCAACCAGUGUUGUAGCCUGGACUUUACUUGGUUUAUACUAUGAAAUUCAAAACAAUGAUAUUCGAAUGGAAAUGGCAUUUCACGAGGCCUUCAAACAGCUUCAGGCACGAAUGCUUCAGGCACAAUUAAUGAAGAAUGCUGGUACCUUAGACGUUGAAACCCAAGUAUACAGGCAGAAGAGCACUGGUGCGGUGGAGCACAUUGAAGAAGGAGUAAAAGCAGAAUCCAGUUUAGGACCUUGGGGAGUCACCAGUGGUUCUUCUACCACAGCAAGCAAGGCGGAACCCCCAGCAGGAUCAGGAGCUCCGUUUUCUGUUCUAGAUGGAUUUCUUGAAGAAUCCUCCAAACUGCAGUCACAUUCACAAGAACGAAUUUUUCCUGUACCAUCUCAGGAUGCAGCAGUCAACCCAAACCCAUCCAACUUAUUUCCCAAGGAGAUACUAAAAAGAGAAGCAUCAAAAUGUCUGGGUUCAUCAGUUUUUCUGCAUCCUACCCCUGAUAGAAUUUCCCAAAUUCCUACCACCAUCUUCAUGGAGACCAUACGCUUCUUGAUGAAGGUCAAUGCUGUACAGUAUGUGCACAGAGUCCUUGCACAUGAGCUGUUAUGUCCACAAGGAGGCCCCAGCUGUGAGUAUUACUUGGUGCUGGCUCAGACACACCUUCUCAAGAAGGACUUUGUCAAGGUAGAGGAAUGCCUUCAACAAGCAGCCCAGAUGGACUACCUGAACCCUAACGUCUGGGGUCUGAAGGGCCAUCUCUAUUUUCUGAGAGGAGAUCAUGCUGAGGCCAAGGCAUGCUAUGAGAGAACCAUUAGUUUUGUAGUGGAUGCUUCUGAGAUGCACUUCAUCUUCCUGCGACUGGGGCACAUCUAUCUGGAAGAGAAAGAGUAUGAAAAGGCAAAGAAAACCUACCUGCAAGCCUGUAAGAGAUCACCUUCAUGCCUUACCUGGCUGGGACUGGGAAUUGCCUGUUAUCGGCUGGAGGAGAUCUCGGAGGCAGAGGAUGCUCUCUCUGAAGCCAAUGCAUUGAACAACAACAAUGCUGAAGUAUGGGCAUAUCUGGCCCUGGUCAGCCUGAAAGCUGGACGGCAACUGGAAGCUGAGCAAGCCUACAAGUACACGAUGAAGCUAAAAUUGAAAGAUGAGACUCUGAUUGCAGAGAUCCACAUGUUACAGGAGACUGUUGGCUUUGGAAAUCCAUCUUUCUGACUCCUUCCAGCUGAAGAAUUUUCUGUAUAGGACUGUGAGCUUUUUCCUUCCCAGAGAAAUUAAAUCCUGGAUGCUUUACUAUAUGAAACCUGGGAAUAAAGACAAGAGAAUCUCUGCCACAAACAGAAACCCAUUCAUUUAUUUCCACUGCUAUCUUACUGGGUUAUCAAAUGCUACUGGUUGGUCUUACUUGUUGACAGUCAACUGGAUGACAAUAAAAAAUGAAAAUAAGAGAUUCAAAA